CCGAACGAUUUCACCUAGUCAAGGCAUGAGUCUGUACAUCGAUACUGCGUGUUUCGCGUCCUUUUUUUUUUUACAAAAAAACAUUUGAAAUGAAAAUUGAAAAUAUUCAAGUUCAUAUAAAUGUAAAUACUCAUGUAUGAACGAGUGUAAGUACGUUAAUGCGUAUGAUCUAAUGUACGUGUUCGUAUAAAAAUGAUUUUUCGUUAAAUAUGUAAUGCCUUUAUCGGACAUGUUCGUUUGAAUCGGAAAUUUUAGUGUUCGCUACUCCAGUUCAGUUAUCUAGCAGAUUUCCCGAAUAAAUUCACCUAAUCUGCGCUGCUUCGUGUCUUAUUUUAAAUAUCAUUUGAAAACGGUGAAAAUGAUCGUAAAUCUGUAAAUCCUCACAGAAUGUACGCGUCUGCGAUUUGCUACAGGAAUAUUUGUACUUCUACCUUCACUACCUAGUCUCGUAAUACGUUUGGGCAUUUUAAAAAACGGUUCUCAAUCGGAACGAAAUGGGCAAAAGUAGUACUUCAAUAUCGAAAAUAAAAAAAGAAAUGGUCGAAGAUGGUCAUCUGUCGAAUACGUACCAAUACGGCACAUCAACGUACUAUAUGGACGACCUAGCGAAAAAUAACGAUAGCAAGAACAACAACGAGUCGUCGUGUAUCAUGGCGAUGGAUCAGAAAGACGACACGGACGACGAGACGGUCGACAACAACGAUCGAAGUACGUCGAAUUCAAUGGCGACGGUCAACUGUAUCAACGAAAUUCUGCCGACGCAGCACCUGAAAUCGAAUUCUUCGGCCAAUAAGAACACAUCGUCGUCCUCGCUGCCGCUACGGCCGCAGCCUCACCAUCAACAACAGCAACCAUACGCGACACGAUACGGUAAAAUGUACAGUCCGGACUCCAAUGGUUCUAGUCAUAUGGAAAGAACGCCUAGUCAGAAUUUCUUUGACGUUACCAAAGAAGCCGGAGGCGGCGGGCAUCACGCCGUCGAACGAAAUUUCCCGCAAGAGUUUCAUAAAACCAUCAUCGCAUUUUUAAUAUUAAUUUUCAAUUUUUUCCUCACCACCACCUCGUUGGCGGUAAUCCACGAUAAAGUUCCGCAAUACGGUCCUUUGCCCGAUACCGUAUUGAAUCUGGUCGAGCCUCAAGAAUGGGCCUUAGUCGUAUCGGAGAUCUUCAUCAUAGUCACCACCAGCAUCAUGUUGAUUAUCAUCGUGUUGCAUAAACAUCGUUUCGUCAUAUUUAGAAGACUGUUUUUAAUGCUGUCGUUGCUUUAUUUCAUGCGAUCGAUCACGAUGUUCGUGACCGUGCUACCAGUCUCCAGCAAAACGUAUCAGUGUUCGCCGAGGGAAAAUAGCACCGACGCUUCGGUGGUGUUUCACAGAUCGAUAAAUCUGUUCUUCGGCAUGGGCCUGACCAUCAACGGCAAACACACCUACUGCGGAGAUUACAUAUACAGCGGUCACACGACCGUGCUGGUGAUGAGUUACCUUAUGAUCUCGGAAUACUCGCCCAAAAAGAAUAUCUGGCUGUGUUUAAGGUACGCCUCGUGGUGCAUGUCGCUGAUCGGCGUACUCAUGGUGUUACUGUCCCAUAGUCACUAUACGGUCGACGUAAUCGUCGGAUACUUCGUGACGACCAGACUUUUCUGGAUGUACCACACCUGCGCCAAUAAUCAAUUCCUCAAGAAAAAAUCGCAGUACAAUUACCUCUCCAGAGAGUGGUGGUUUUUCAUAUUUCAGUAUUUCGAAUGUAACGUCAAAGGCCCCCUACAGCCGCUCGAAUACAGAUAACGUUCGUUUUACCCGGUAUUUUGUUCAAAUUUGAUCGUCGUCGACGUCACCGCCGCCGCCGCCGCCGUCGCCCUUCGCUGUAAAACGUCAAUGUCGUCGUCGUCAUCAUCUUCGAAAACGACGACGACGACGACGACGACGACGGGAUGUACGUGUAAUCGAUGCCCUUUCUGCUGUUUCUAUUACUGCUGUUGCUGCUGCCGCCAACACAUCCCAGCGACACCAUCCCACAGUCAGCAAAAGCAGCGAAGUGUCAAGCGUCUAGACUUGGUCGUCCAUCUAAUGGAAUAUUUCAGGGUAAUUUGUAGAGCUUUUUGUAAUUCGGUGUUGAAUUUUUAUCAAAAAUUAACCACUAUAUUUUUAUUUCGUUUUAGUACCUCGGUUAAAUCGUCGUUACAGUGAAAAUUGGUAAUUGUGGUUUUUUUCGUCUUUAUUUUUGGCCGGCGCUUUCUCUCGCGUUUUUUAUAUAUAUAAUUAUAAUUUUCUCAUUUUCAUUACUUUUUUUUUCGUUUCGUUUCGUUCGAUUAUCAUUUCAUUUUUAUAACGCAUUUUGUUUUUGUUAUUUUUUAGCGUUUUUUUUUUUAAAUUUUCGUUUUUUUCUUUAUUUUUUUGGGUUGAUCGUGACUAAAUGCCUAAAAAAAGUACAGGUACAUGUACGUACCUGUUUUAUUUUGAUACUUUACUACCUACUUAAUGAUAACUUAUGUGUCGAAGAAUUACUUCUUUUCUACGUAUGAAAAAACGUGGAACUAUUUUCGCUUUUUUUUUCAAUACUUAGAUAGGUGUUUUCUAAUGAUUUACAUCGAAACGAAUGAAAUAUCGAUAUAUCGUUAUCUCAAUCGUUAUAUUUUUCUUUUCAAGUGUAAUGCUUUUAUAUCGCACACACUCUAAAAUCUGAGAUUCUUGUUUUCGAGUCAUUUUUUUCGUGAUACAAAAACGUAAUUAUCAAUAGAUAUUAGAUAAAUAUGAGUUAUCUUUUUUAAGAAUUUUAUCUAAUGCUUAAUACCUCCCACUAGAACAUGCUCGUGAGAUUUAGGGCUGCAUGACGUAGGUAUGCUGAAACAAAACAGUUCUUUUAGGGAAUAAAACGAAAGCAAACGAUUAUUUUUGCAUCAUUAUUUUUUUGUCAGCUGCGAAAACUAUAGCUUAAUGUUUGUAAAACUAAAUAUGAAAAAAAGGGGGCAUUUAUUAUUGUUAAUGAAACGAAAGUGUGGAAAUAACAGCGCUGAAAAGUCAAUAAUGAUGCACGUGAUUGUGAACAAUAGGCACAUGAGAUGCAACUGAUGACUAAAUCUGGACUUUUGGCUUUGAAAGCAGUUAGCAGAAGCACCCCUAGCGCGUCUACUUAUCCGCAUAGAGCAAAAUUUUGUCUUUCGAUAUAUUUUUAGUAAUAAAAAGUUAUUGAAAAUCGACCCGAAAACUUCGCUAAUAAAAACAUCGAUUUCUUUACAUGUUCCCAGUCUACAAUCUACAUGGCCUAGUUACCUAUACCUACAUCAUUAGGAAAAAAUGUUUAAUCACGUAUCAGUUCACGUGUUGAAAGUCAGAAUUUGUUUAGCUGAUAAAUCCAAAAAUUUAAAUUUUCCCUCUAUCCCCUAAUUUGGAUUUCAAUUAAUAUUUUCAACAAAAAAAAAAAAAAAAAUGUUUCAGGACUUCCAUUUACUUGAAAAAAUUAUUGUCCGAGCGAAGGAGUUAGCUUGAAUAUUGCGAGCUUGAACUUGCGAUACUCAAUGCCCAAAGCACUAUCUGAUGAGCAUGUUCUUGAUGUUCAAAAUAGCAGGAUUUUUCGUAUCCCGAAUUCAUCGAAAAAUAUACUUGGAUAAAUGAAUUGUUGAAAUAAUCGCGUAUUUUAAGAGAUAUCGAUUUCAGACAUCCUAUCGCGGCUAUUUGCAAUUUUCAUUCACGUUGACUAGUUAUAUGAAUAUCUAUUUUUUACCGUGUAUGUAGAGAUUUACACAGGAAGCUAUGUAUGUAGUAUGUACGCGCGCCCAUGUAUAUCUAUCUAUUAUGCUUCUCGGAUUUUAAAUUAGCAUUAUAAAAAAGAAGGAAAAAAAAAGGAAACCUCGCUAGAUUGACUCGGCUUUAAAAUAGAACUUUUUAAAAAGCCAACGUGAUGAAGGAACAAUAGUAGUUUUAAAACCUUGGUCCAUAUUAUUACGCCCUCGAACAAACGUUAAUUUUUCAUCUCCGAAUGUGUAAGUAUAUCUGUGGCGGAUUUUCAAACGUUGUCGAGCUUGGUACGAUAUUUGUCGAGAAAUUUGUCGUUUUAAUUUAAUUGUUCAAGUGGCCACUGUCGCCAGGGAUGAGAUUAACUCCAUCCCUGGUAACAGUGGAACUUUUUUUUUAGAAAUUUUCAUCGCAAAAUAAUAUUUUGCUCCUUUUUGUUGUCACGUUGUUGACAUUUCAAAAUUCAAUAAAAGAAGUUUUUAAAAAUACUGUAUAACGAAAAAAUCAAGCUAAAAAACUAUUGACGUUUGUAAGAACUGCAAAUGUUAUGAAAAAAUGUAUGUUGUCGUGCUUAAAAAGGUGCUCGUAGUUCAUUUCGUUUUUAAAUAUCGUUACCUAUGAAUAAUGUAACGAAGCAAAUUUCAUUAUUGUGGUCAUCGCCUUUUAAACUUGAGCAACUUAAAUAUAGGGUUAAGGGAUAGGUAAGGUACCUUUAUUGAUGAAGUCAAUGAGCUCGUUAUUAAAAGAACAUUACCCCGAGAGACGAUCGCAUGUUUGUGUAAAUUUCUCAUGUUUAUUCUCAGUAAUUUCGUUUUCGUUUCAAAGUAGGUGCACUACAUACUCGUAUGUGGCAUUCCGCUAGCAAAGAGCCCAUAUAGUCGAAACUGAGUUAUUACCAUGGGAUGAUAAUAUAGACUGUGAGAAAUCAAUUGGAAGGGAUCUGAGCUCGAAAGAUGCAGAAAUAUGUAGCUGAGAAAAGUCAUAGGUAGGUACUUGAAAAAAUGUGAUUGUACAUUUUCACGUUGAAAUUAUUUAGGACAAGUAUACAUAAGCGGAUUAAUACAUACAAGUACGUGGUGUUGUAAUGUAAUGCACUGUGUAAGUAAUAAGUAUGUAGCAGUUUAGCAGAUAUGAAUUUUUUUGGCAGCGUAUAACUUUUAUCGGAUGCGAUAAACGAUAUGUAUAAAUAUCUAAAGUAUUUGGUUUUCUAUUCGAGAAUAUGUACAACUUAAAACACCUUAUCUGUUAUUUACGGAUGUGAAAAUGACGUAGUCGGUACUCGGUACUAGGUACUAGGUGUAGGUAGCAUCGAUAUAGUAUACAGAAGCUGGGAAACUAACGAGAACGAGAUAUUCGCUCGUUUAUUUUAUUACGCGUAAUAAGUACUUUCCAUUAAUUUGUCUACUUUUUGUAAAACUCUAAAACCUCUGAUAGGUACAGUUCAGUCAGUUUUUUUUUUUUUUUUUUUUUUUGCAGUUUUCAACUAUGUAUUUCUGUUUUAAAAUCAUUAUUUCUCUCAAAAUUAUGAUUAUUCUAAAAAUCACGUUUGCUACAAAACUAAAAUUGCUCUUUCAUCGAUCAUUUCUAGGUAAAUACUUUUUUUCGUACUCGUCAUAUCGCUGAAUCUUUUUGAUAAAACUUUCAACACGUUGGCAAUUUGCUAUCGUUGAAAGUUAAUAAAAACAUGAAAUUGAUUUUUACUUCGGAUGAAACUUUCUCACAGAAGGAUUACAUAUGGAGGGACAAGGGUGGGAUACCCGUAGGAGGAUAUUAUUUUCAUUUGCGGUAAAUUGGUUCACCUACCUGUGUAAUUUAUGCAUGGAAUCAUGGUGAACUGGUAUACCUCAUAAUUACAUAUAGGCAGAGGCACUAUACACAAAUUACUAUAUUCCCCAUUAAUUUACUUGUGUGUAGCGUAAGAAUCAUCGAGUACCAUACAUACAUGUUUUCACUUCUCCAUUUAUCGAUUGUUAGUGUCAUGUCGCGAUAAACUUUCAACUAUGGUACCUUACCUACCUGCUUAUCGUAUCGUAAAGAUUUUGAUGUUUCAUCUUUUUGGAUUUGAUAGAAUUAUAGAAAAUGACCGACUGUUUUACGAGUAGAUGCGCAUUAUUAUUUGAACAAUUUUUGAAAAAUUUGUGUCUUACUCCGUACUCGUAUCUACGUAUGAUGAUAUCAGACGAGUGAAUAUCCGUAUCUACUUCUACAUACAUAGUUCAUGAUGUCGAUUCAAACAAAAAUGUUGCACAAAAGUUAAUACUCGUACUUAUCUACUUACCUGAUUUUUUUAGCUAGUAGGUAAGACGAUGAGCUCUGAAAUAUUUUUAAAAUGCGUUCUUGCCAUUAUUUUUUUAAAUUGUACAAUUAAAUGGUUUUUCAUUGUAAUGUUAAGUAUAAAAAAAAGCCAAGUGAAAAAAAAAUGAAAAAUGUGAUCAUGCUCUUAUCUUACCUCAACUUCGCUCACCAUUCACCAAUUUGACUUGAUUUUUUGUGUUCAGUUUUUCUGGAAUGACCCACUCAACCAAAAUUGAAAGAAAGCAGUUUUGUGAAAAUUUCAGGGUUAAAAUUUUUUCCCCCUAUACUUAUAACGAAGAGAUUUAAUAUCACGUUAUUUUUUAUUUUUGUUGCGAAUUAUAACGUCAUUUUUCUAAAAAAACCACGUACGCUCUGCUACCAUGCUACAUUCUGCUGUUCAAGCCAUCCUUUGCUAGUUUGUUCACAGCGUUUUUGAUUCUCUUCGCAAUUUUUUGUUCUUAGACGUCGUAAUUCCAGUAAUAAUCAAGUUUCUCGACUAAUAUCGAUACUCAGCGAUUUUAUACAUAUGUAUUAUAAGUGAGGUAAACAUCGAUCGCGAAUGUAAAACCGUCAUUGUCUAUUGAUUUGAAAAAGAAAAACAAUAACUGCGUUUUUAUUGGAGGGUAAAGACGCGAGUUAUGACAUUCCAUAAUUAAUUGAUUAAUAAUAGGUACCUAUAAUAAUUUCAGCUACUUACUUUUUAAUAUUUUUUACGACAAAUUCACCGUUUUUUGUUCUUGUUUUGUUUUCUUUCUUUUUUUUACUCAUUUAUAUGUAUGAAUAUAGGCAAAUACGUUGCGUGGUGCGAUAAAAAAUUCGCCAUUGAGAUUUUUUCCUACUAUUGGCGUGCUUGCUUUUUACUUCAUUUUUAUUGUUGCGACUGAUAAUGUAAAUUUAUUGAAUUACAAAAAAAAUACAGUACUUGUAAGCAGAUUUUUAAGUGAUAUUAAAGACUUGGUUGAUUAGAAAUUUAAUUAACCAAAUUAUGAGACUCGAUCAGAUUUCCUAUUGUAAUAGUCUAAACUGAUAGAUACGAGUAAUUGUAAGUAGUGAGUAGACGUACAUUUUACAGGGUCCUCGAUGAUAUCGAGCAUCAAGUUGCUAAUUUUAGGUAACAAUUUGAAUUACUGCACGAAAAUUCUCGCCAGCUGUGCUCGAUAUGAUUCGAAUCCUGUAUCUUGUGAAAUGCUGUAACCAAACCAUCGUACUAUUGGAAAUAUCUCACAAAAAUUUUAGAUCUAUCGAAUAAUCUGUGAUAGCUAAUGAGUUAAAAAUUAUUUAACUGUGUAAGGAGUUAUGUGACCUAAUACAGAGAAUGUAACUUCUUUAAAGUUUAGAUCUGCCUUUAUUGUAAUAAUUAGUAAUCGCAAUAUGUUGUUAUUUUGUUUGACGAAAAAAAUGCGUGUAUCCUGUGAUUCUGUGUAUAAUUAAUGUUUUUUUUUUUUUUGUUUUUCUUAAUUAUAAGUUAUAUUAUUUUGGAAGUCUUGUAUCGCGGUUUCACGACAAUAGAUACCUAAAUGUGCGAAUUUAACCCGACGCGUUUACUUAUUUAUUUUUUAAUAAUUCUUUUGCACCUUAGAGUAGUAUCGUUGCGUAUUUCCUACCACCUUUCAAAGGUUGCAAAAUCUUUUCACCGAAAGUGUCCAUCUAUUGCCUUUUUUAUUUACAAUUUUUCCCCUGUAAAUACAUAUUACAAUCAUUUGUCGACAAAUUAAGAUACAAUUUUGCUUUGUUUUGGGGACUUUGAUCGAAAAGAAAGUUUUUCAAAAGUAAUUCGUUACCAAUUGUUUUAAUAGAAGUUGAUAAUUAUGCGAUAUUUUCCAUCAUUCCUCCUCGACAUAUCAUUUAAAAUAAGACUAUAAAGUUUGGAUACUUUAAAAUAAAUUCCUGAAUUGAUUGAAUAUGCGAGCUGUUCAGAUUUCCAUUAUUUUACAAAUACUUGUACAGUUAAAUUCGAGCAGUGUAUGAAUUCAUCUCAGUUUUGUAUUCUGGCAAUCAUGAAAAAAUAGAUUGAUUACAAUCUUUACCCCCGUUGUAAAUUCGCACAAUCUUUCUACUAAUUUAAUCGUGUUUUUUCAGCGCUAAUCUUAUUUUUAAUCAACAUUUUUGAAGCAAUUCGAACAUUUUUAUUCCAACGACUCGAUUAUGAUUUUUUUAAAUUCAUUUUAUUUUAUUUUUUUUGUGAAUGUGUAAUGACUAUUUUUAAAUUAUAACUGACUCGAAUACCGCGGUAUUAUGCAAUUUUAUAAAUACGUACCUACCUACCUAUUACCUAUACCUACUUAUGUAACAUUACCUACGCAAUUCAUAAAUCGGAAACGUGCGAAAUUUUCAACAAGUUUCCUUUCAUUUUGAUAAUAUAGCUAAAAAGCAUUUAUUUUAAUCUUGCCAUGGUAAAUUGUAAUUUUUUUGAAAAAUGAAGUAUUCGGUUUUAUAUUUUAGGGUUCACAUGAUUAUACUUCGAAAAAUCAAAUAUUUAAAUAUAAGGAGUUUUUUUGUAUAUGUUCGUUAAUUUUAAUGAUACUUACUUUUUCAUUUUCGUUUUUUUUUCUUUUUCUUUUUCAACGAUGAAUUCAUUUUAUAACGGUUUCUCCUCUGCGUGUAAACUUUGUCGAUACAUGUUCUGUUUGACUCCUCAUAAUUAUUUCCUUCAUAUACAUACAUAUAAUUUUGUUUCUUCUGUGUAUUUUUAAUAGCUCAAAUUACCUAUUAAUUUUUUAUAGUAAGAAUAAGGCAUUUCAUUCAUGUGAUAUAAAUUAAAAAAUCUAUUUUAAAUACAUAUCGUUGUUACCUACAAA